GGAGCAUUCCUCCUCUACAUACAGCCGUCCGGACAUUGGCUGGGUCACCAAGCUGUAUCGCUCCGCCGGGCUCCUUUCACAACUUAUUCUAUUCAUCCGGAAGCCCUUGAAUCUCCUCGUCCCACCCCACUGUCGCUAUGAAGUUCGGGCGCACCAUCAAGACCUCCCUCUACUCCGAGUGGUCGUCAAAGUACCUUCGUUAUUCCGAGCUCAAGAAGGAGAUUAAGAAGAGAAUUGCCAACAACGGUGGGAGUUGGACCGAUAAGGAUGAAGACGAAUUCGUGGCCCUGCUCAGAGAGGAGCUCGAUAAGGUCUACGACUUCCAGAAGCUAAAGGUGCAAGAGCUGACGGACCGAAUCAAGCAAGCUCAGUCGGAAGUGCACCUGCUGGUAUCCUCGCAUAACAAUUCAUCCUCGACUCUACGCACCGAUGCCGAUGGUCAGAACGGUGAAGAGUCCGACGGAGAGGGUCAAGGCAGCUUGAGGCCGCCUCACAACGGACGGCGGCACGUACAUGCGGUCGACAAUGUCGGAUCAGACGACGAAUUCGAUAGCGACACAGAUGACACUGACGCCUACGAGGAGCGCUUCCUCGACCUUGAGGAGCGCUUGGCGGUCAUCAUUGCCGACGUCCACGACCUAGCCCUCUUCACAAAGCUCAACUACACUGGGUUCCACAAGAUUGUCAAGAAGCACGACAAGCAGACGGACCGCCUUCUGCGCAAGGAGUUUGUGCAGCACUAUCUUAGCGCUCGUCCCUUCUACAAGGAGAAUUACGAUCAGCUCAUCGUCAAGCUGUCCAAGCUCUUUGACUUGGUGCGGACACGAGGUCACCCCAUUCAGGGUGACGCAAGUGCCGGUGGCUCCCAAUCUGCCUUUGUGAGACAGACCACGAAGUACUGGGUGCAUCCUGACAACAUCGUGCCAUUGAAGCUCGUCAUUCUCAAGCACCUGCCUGUCCUGGUGUUCAACCCGGACAAGGAGUACCAACCUGAGGACAGCGCAAUCACUUCCAUCUACUAUGACAAUGAGGACCUCGAGCUCUACCUCGGAAGACUGGAGAAGACCGAGGGGGCAGAAGCGAUCCGGCUGAGAUGGUACGGUGGCAUGGGAAACAAGCAGAUCUUCGUCGAGCGCAAGACGCACAGAGAGGACUGGACUGGCGAAAAGUCUGUCAAGGCUCGCUUUCCCAUCAAGGAAGAGAACGUCAAUGCCUACAUGAGGGGAGAGUACCGCAUGGCCGAGACGUUCGAGGAGCUACGCAAGAAGGGCAAGAAGAGCGACAAAGACAUCGACUCGAUGAUUCAGCUGGCCAAUGAGGUCCAGUACAGCGUGCAGACUCAGCAGUUGCAGCCGGUGAUGCGGUCGUUCUACAACCGUACUGCGUUCCAGCUGCCCGGUGAUGCUCGAGUGCGCAUCUCCCUUGACACCGAGCUAUCUCUGGUGCGUGAGGACAACUGGGACAACCGAGCUCGGGCCGGCGAUAAUUGGCGUCGGAUGGACAUUGGCAUCGACUUUCCCUUUGACCAAUUGCCGAAGGAGGACAUUGAGAGGUUCCCAUACGGUGUCUUGGAGGUGAAGCUGCAGACGCAAAUGGGACAGGAACCGCCGGAGUGGGUGAGGGAGCUCGUUGCUAGUCAUCUCGUCGAGGCGGUGCCCAAGUUCUCCAAGUUCAUCCACGGCUGCGCUACCCUGCUUGCCAACCGAGUCGACCUGGUCCCCUUCUGGUUGCCUCAGAUGGACAUCGAUAUCCGCAAAGAGCCCACGCGCAAUCUGCAGAUCGGGCGACCUGUAUCGGCAUAUGCUUCGGACUCCUCGCGCCCUGGCACUCCUGGCACUCGGGGCUCAGAGUCUGAAGCUCCAUACCACGAGCCCGUCUCAGAAGACGAAUUCGACGGAGCAGACGACGAUGAGCGCGAGCAUGGCGUGGCGGACGACGCUCACCCAGCGAUGAAUCUGGGUUUCACGCCUCAUGAUCCCCAGAUCCGUGAGGUUCGCGAACAGCGAGAGGCUAACAUCCGCAAGCGCCAGGCAGAGCUUGCCAAGCAGCGUGAGUCAGAUGGAAAGACGGACAACACCAUCAAUGCUGCCACCAGUCUCUUGGCGUCUGGACAGUCUGGCAUCGCUGGAGCUGCUCAACUCACUGAGCGUCAAAAGCGGGAGCGAGAUGCUGGCAACAAGCCCGUCGGCAGGGACCAGAUCUUGUCAACAUCUACCGCAUUCGACAAGACCUACUUCUCCAAGCUGGCUCCAGCGAACCUCAAGAACAUCUUCCGGGGUCGCUACUCGCGAGACGAGCCCGAGCAGACUGCCGAGGAGGAGGAAGACGAGCGCGCCCGCCGUGCUCUGGAAGGUCGUGAUGAAGAAGAGCCUCGUGGCUCUGGAUCGGGACCUCCUGCCAACGUCGAGUACGUAUCUACCUUCAGGGCUCCUGUAGGGACCAAGAUCUCCAUUCCCGUCCGCGUAGAGCCCAAGGUCUACUUUGCCAAUGAGCGUACUUUCCUCAAGUGGCUCGAGUUCUCCGUCUUCCUCUCCGCACUCGCUGUCGGUCUUCUCAACUUUAGCACUCCAGGGGACAGGUCCGGUCUCGUCGCCGCCUCCUUUUUCACAAUCGUGGCCCUCUGCUGCAUUGCCUAUUCUGGUGUACUGUACAUGUGGCGCGCUCUGAAGAUUAGGGCAAAGGAGAGCUCAAACGUCUACUUUGAUGCACUCGGACCUUCCAUCUUGUGCGCGGCACUCCUCUCGGCUACCAUUGUCAACUUUGUAUUGAGGUAUGCAGAGGCGGAUCAUCAGAGGCAGGGCAGGGGGGUGCGGAAUUGAUGGAGGUCCAAGGAAAAAAAUGCUUUGAUGGAGGUGCUUUAACAACAAUGCUCCUAGGAAACCAAAUUUACAACAA